CACCCCCAUGCCGCAGUCUCGAACAUGGCAAAUAGCGCUAUCAAGCCCUUGCCGGUCUCGAGCGGGACGCAUGGAUUGCUGAAAUGACUUCCCAGGAUGAGUGGCGUUUCUACGGGUUUCAUGAAACAACAUGAGGAACCACUGACCGAAUUCCACCGACCCACUCCAUGCGUGUUUUACCGAACAUGGCAUGUCACUCCACUCCAUGUAAGUAAUGUGCAAAAGGUAUAAGAUGCAGAGUCAAUAUGCCCUAUAUUCGCUCAGAAUUAUUCUCCUGCAUUCUCAUCCCACACUCUCUAUCUUUACUUGGAAGCGUGCUUCCGUGACCUUCUUUUUCUUGAGUUUGUUAAAAUAGCAUAGGAGCGAGCUUCUAUCCUUUCCGUUCUUUUCUCUUCAAACACGCCAUUGCGAUAACCCUCUUCUCCGAUCGAAACACAAACUACAUACAGAAACAAUGCAUUUCCGUGAUGCAUCCAUCUACAUGGCCGUCGUUGGCUUGACCUCGACGACGGCUCUCGCUGCCGUGGCUCCCUUUGGCCAGUGUGGCGGCGUCAACUACAAAGGCGACAGUGCCUGCGCUUCUGGCUUUCACUGCCUCAAGUACAACGACUGGUACAGCCAGUGUAUUCCUGGCGGAGAAGCUGCUCCUCCAUCUGCCAGCAGCACUUCUGCUGUUCCCAGCUUGCCCAGCAAAGUCCCGGCUAUGGAGCCUAACGGUACCGCACCUGUUGCUGCCCCUGCUUCCUCGCCUGCUGAAGACGAGUCCUGCGAUGCUGAUGAGGAGGGCGGCGAUGCUGCCACUGAGGGAAAUGAAGGUGAUGAUGAGUCUUGUGAGGCUGAUGACGAACCUGUCCCAUCGCCAUCUUCAGCUGCUAUCUCCGGUGGCAACACUGGUGUUAAGCCCGCUGCUUCUCCUUCUCCGACUGCUACCUCCGCAAGCAAUCCUGGUGCUAAACCCACUCCUUCUGCUUCCCCCUCUCCGGCUGCUGGCUCUGGCGGAAACAGUUCUGCUCCCAAUGUUGCUGGCAGUGGUCGCAAUGGCGCCAAAUGCAAUCUUGAUGCUGCCUUCAAGGCCAAGGGCAAGAAAUACGUUGGUGUUGCCACUGAUCAGUACACUCUCAGCGCGGGCAAGAACAAGGAGGUCAUCGUCGACAACUUUGGCUGCGUUACUCCAGAGAACAGCAUGAAGUGGGAUGCCACAGAGCGUAGCGAGGGCCAAUUCACUCUCGAUGGCGCUAAUGCCCUUGUUUCCUUCGCCACUGGUAACGACAAACUCGUCCGCGGUCACACUACCGUCUGGCACUCUCAGUUGGCUCCAUGGGUUUCUCAGAUCCGUGACAAGGCCAAGCUCGAAGAGGUCAUGGUUAACCACAUCAAGAAGCUCGUUGGUACUUAUGCUGGCAAGAUCUACGCCUGGGAUGUUGUGAACGAAAUCUUUGACGAGCAAGGUGGCUUCCGAUCCAGUGUCUUCUACAACGUCCUUGGUGAGGGCUUCGUCUCUACCGCUUUCCACGCUGCCCGCCAGGCCGAUCCCCUCGCCAAGCUCUAUAUCAAUGACUACAACCUUGACGGCGCAAACUACGGCAAGACAAAGGGCAUGAUUACCCACGUGAAGAAAUGGAUUGCAGAAGGUGUUCCCAUUGACGGCAUUGGCUCCCAGUCCCACAUCAGCUCCCCAGGCACUCUUUUCCCCAUCUCUGGUGUCCCUGCUGCUUUGAAGGCUCUCUGUGAUGCUGCCCCCGAGUGCGCCGUAACCGAGUUGGAUAUCAACAACGGUAAGCCCGCUGAUUGGGUCACCGUCUUCGAUGCUUGUGUCGAUAUCAAGAACUGUGUCGGUAUCACUGUUUGGGGUGUUUCUGACACCAACUCUUGGAUCGGUGCUGCCGGUGGACCUCUCCUGUUUGACGGCUCCUUCAAGGCUAAACCAUCUUACAAUGAGCUUUGCUCCGCUCUCGCUUGAGCCGUGUAGAGUUCUGUGUCUCCAGCUUCUCAGAGGCUCUUGACAUUUGAUGUAUAUAAACUACUCUUCUGUCACUUUAUAUUUAUUAACACAUUUCUUUGAAUACAAAACUUUGUGCAAUCAACCCGAAGUUACUUUCUAUGCGUG